AUGCACUCGUACACCAUCACCGUGCCCGCGGACGGGGUCAAGAUCGCGCACAAGCGCGCGUUCACGGUUGACUUUCCGUUCGAAGCGUACGACAAUCAGCUCGUUUUCAUGGAAAAAGCACUCUUGGCGAUGUGUCGCGGCGAACACGCGCUCUUGGAGUCGCCCACGGGCACGGGGAAGACGCUGUGCUUGCUUGCGAGCGCGCUGGCGUUCGUGCGGAGCGAAGGACGGGCAAGGAAGCGGAAAUUUAGGGAGGAAGUGAGAGAUGGGCGAGGCGGCGCCGGAGACGCCGACGACGUCGCGGGGACGUCGGGACGGGAGUUCGUGGAUGACGUGGAAAAAAAGGAGCGCACGCGCGCGCCGGUGAUUGUGUACGCGACGAGGACGCACUCGCAGGUGGAUCAAGUGGUGCGAGAGUUGAAAUUGUUUGAUUCGACGACGCGCGCGACGACGCUCGCGAGUCGGCGGCACGCGUGCGCGCGGGACGACGUUCGAGCGUUGAAUGGGACGGAACAGAAAAAUAGAUGCGCUAAAUUGGUGCAGCAGCAAAAGUGUGGGGCGAAAGUGACGCUCGAUCGGGCGCUGCAGGGGCGGGAUGGGCGAUUCGAUUUAUUCAGCGACGGCGUGCAAGACAUCGAGGAUUUGGUGUCCAAGGCCAAGGCGAGGGGGCCGUGUCCGUUUUAUCUCGCCCGCACGAAGUGCGCGGAGGCGGAGAUAAUUUUUAUGCCUUAUAAUUACCUGCUCGAUGAGAGCGUGCGCAAAGGAUUGGAAAUCGCGUGGGAGAACGCGGUGAUUAUCGUGGACGAGGCGCACAACCUCGAGUCGAGCGCUUCUGAUAGCAUGAGUUAUUCCCUCACCGCGGCGAAAUUGGCGAAAGCCAUCAAGGAAUCGGAGAGAGCUUACGAGACAAAGUUGACUUUAGAAGACACUAGCGGGGAAGGAAUCGACGCUGCGGCGUUCAAGGGUGAAGAUUUUAAAAUGUUAACGGGCGUGUUGGUGCAACUCGAAGGGUUGCUCGAUAGUAUUUGUCGUGAGGCGGCCAAGGCGCCGAACGCCAAGCACGAAGGAGGUCUCGGCGAGCGUAUUGGUGACGGCGCGUUCAUCUACGUUAUUCUCGCCGAGUUGAACAUCACGGCGGAUACUUACGAGCACAUCACAAAGCUCAUUAAGAGCGCUUCGCGGACGGUGCAACUCGGGAGCGAUUUCAUGGCGCAGCCGACACAAAACGAAACACCGUUAAUGGAAAUCGGUAAUUUCAUAGAGAGGAUAUUCGUGCAUCGAUAUGAGCAGUAUUUCGUCACGAGACUUGGGCCGGAUAUGGAGAAGUUUAAGACAAGCAAUCGCGCGCGCGCCGGGCCGACGUUGUCGUACUGGUGCUUCUUUCCAGGUCUUUGCCUCAAGGCACUGAUCGAUAAAGGCGUUGGAACAUUUUUGCUUGCCUCUGGUACGCUCUCCCCCAUGGAAUCUUUCGCGUCAGAGCUCGCAUUGGAUUUUCCCGUGCGCUUGGAGAAUCCGCACGUGAUCAAAAGGAAUCAAGUUUGGGGCGGAGUCGUCACGCACGGGCCGAAUAACGGCGUGCUGAACAGCUCAUUUAGAUUUCGCGAUACGCGCGAGUAUAAGACAGAGAUAGGGAGCGUGAUUUUAAGUACGGCAAGAAUCGUACCCGAUGGAUUGCUCGUGUUCUUUCCGUCGUACGGCGUCAUGCACUCGUGCGUCAAUCACUGGAGAUCGACUGGGCUUUGGAACCAGCUCGAGACGAACAAAACGUGCUUGGUUGAGCCAAGCAAUGCAGAUGAAUUUCAUGCGUGCUACGAUAGCUACAACAAGGCGCUUGAAGAGGAUUCGAGGCGCGGUGCGGCGUUCUUCGCCGUGUGUAGGGGUAAGCUGAGCGAAGGCAUCGAUUUCGCAGACAAGGCGUGCCGUGGCGUGAUUCUCACUGGUAUUCCGUACGCGGGCGCGAAGGAUCCACUCGUGAUGCACAAGCGAACGUAUUUGGAUAAGCGAAAAGCGGACAACGGGGGUGCGUACUCUGGGAACGAGUGGUACUCUCAAACCGCGAUGCGCGCAGUGAACCAGGCGCUUGGGCGUGUCAUUCGCCACAAGGAUGACUUCGGCGCCGUUAUCCUUGCCGACGAGCGUUUCGCGAACGAAAACGCGCGAAAUCAACUUUCACUUUGGCUUCGACCGUCAGUGCAAGUGCACUCGGUGUUUCACAGUGCUGUGCACGGCUUGAAGGAAUUCUUCCAA